AUGCGGAAUGAACAAGAGGUGGGACUCAAGUUGGCGGUCACUCUCCACCACCUGGCAAGUGGGAACGACUAUCCAAGUCUCCAAUACAGCUUCAGAGUCUCCGAGAGUUCCAUAUGCCGGUUUAUCCCAUUAGUCUGCCAAGCCAUUAUCGACACCUACAAACCAGAAGUGCUGAAGUGUCUCAAGACAGCAGAAGCAUGGAACAACGUAGCAAAACGAUUCGCCUCAAAGUGGAACUACUUCAAUUCUGUAGGAGCCCUGGAUGGGAAGCAUGUCGCAAUCAAGAAACCCAAAGAUGGAGGAUCACUGUACUUCAAUUACAAGAAGUUCCACAGCAUCGUCCUCAUGGCCCUCUCCGAUGCAAAAUACAGGUUCCUGUUUGUCGACGUCGGUGCAGAAGGUGCUGGGGAUGGAGGAACCUGGCGGAAGUGCAUCCUGGCCAGGGCCAUCACAUCCAAUCGAGCAGGACUCCCUCAAGACACAAAUCUGCCCAACGACGUCGAACCCAUCCUCUUCCACAUAGUCGCCAACGAUGCCUUUGCUCUCAGGUCGUGGAUGAUGGAGCCCUAUUCCCACCAAUCACAAGAUCCUACCAAACGACUAUACAGCUACAGAUUAUCUCACGCUCAUUGUGUGGUGGAAAACGCAUUCGGCCUGCUGCAUAUGAGAUUGCAAGUCUUCAGGAGGACGAUGCAACAGGAUGUAAAGGUUUGCAAAAAGAUAACAUUGUGCACAUGUGUCAUGCACAAGCUGACACUGCAACACUACCCAUAUGCUGGCACUGACGUCGACCAUGAGGACCAACACCAUAACGUUGUACCAAGUAUUUGGAGGCAGGAGUCGCUGAACCUCAUGGAACAACUCAUGGCAAGAAGGGGACCGAACUACACACGUCGAGCGAAGACCAUCAGAGAUUACCUGGCCCAGUACCACUCAUCCGAUGCAGGGGAAGUGGAAUGGCAAGAGCGAAUAGUGUUUUCCUGA